CAUGUGGGCAGAAUACUGCCUGAAAUUUUUAAUUUAAGUCUUGAGAAUACACGCAGCAAUGGUUUUCUGAGCACAGUUUCAGACAAAUUAGAUUUAGUUCUUCGCUGGCCCCUGCCAUCAUAAUUGUUGUUCCAUAGGGUUUUUUGUUACGCCCAAAAUUGAUGUGUUGUGUCGUGUAGAGGUUAUUUAUUAUUAUCAUCUGGACUAAGACCUAAUUAUCAUCGUUUGAAGGAGCUUUGUUCGCGUUAACAUGGCUGGUGACGAUGGUGGUAUUCCCGAUAAAAAGAAAGCUCAUCGCGAGAGACAUUCUGGUCGAAAAGCAGACAAGAAAAACAAGUCUAAACCUGAAAAUGGGGUGAAGCUACGUGACAGACCUGACAAAGAGCGAAAUCCUAAAGCAUUUGCUUUAAACUCUGUGAUACGGGCUGAAAGACGUUUUCGAAGAGGUCAAGAUAUUCAAACAAAGAAACAACACAUACCAUUGGUUGAUAGAGCUCCUAUUGAACCUCCACCAGUUAUGAUAGCUGUUGUGGGUCCUCCUAAAGUUGGAAAAACUACAUUAAUCAAUUGUUUGAUUAAAAAUUUUACCCGACAACCAUUGUCAGACAUAAAGGGACCAGUCACAAUUGUUUCAGGAAAGAAACGCCGUUUGACUAUAAUGGAAUGCAAUAAUGAUAUUAACUGCAUGAUUGACUUAGCCAAAGUUGCUGAUUUGGUGCUGUUGCUAGUAGAUGCUUCAUUUGGAUUUGAAAUGGAAAUAUUUGAAUUUCUCAAUAUAUGCCAGGUGCAUGGAAUGCCUCGGAUAAUGGGAGUUUUAACACAUUUGGACAUGAUCAAGAAAUCUGAUAGACUAAAGAGAACUAAAAAGGAAUUGAAACAUCGGUUUUGGACUGAAGUUUAUGCUGGUGCAAAACUAUUUUAUCUGUCUGGUCAAGUACAUGGAGAAUAUUUGAGAAAUGAAGUGAAAAAUCUUGGGCGAUUUAUAUCAGUAAUGAAAUUCAGACCCCUUGUCUGGAGGUCCACUCACCCUUAUUUACUAGCUGAUCGAAUGGAAGAUGUGACACCUCCAGAGCAAAUAAGAUUGAAUCCUAAAACAGAUCGCUCUGUUUGCUUGUAUGGGUACAUGAGGGGAAUCCCACUCAACAAAAAAAGCAUGGUUCAUGUUCCAGGGUGUGGAGAUUUACGUAUUUCAGAUGUGUCAUUUUUACCUGACCCGUGCCCUUUGCCAAGUAAAGAAAAGAAACGAAGUCUAGUAGAAAAAGAUAAAUUUAUCUAUGCACCAUUCUCUGGGGUGGGAGGUAUAGUUUAUGAUAAGGAUGCUGUUUAUGUUGAUCUUGGUGGCAGUCAUUCACAUUCUGUACAGGAAGAUAAUGAUGACAGACAAGCUCAAAGAGAGCUUGUGACCACUCUGCUUCAAACUCAAGAAACCCUUGAUGAGAAAAUGAAGCAUAGUGAGUUGCAACUCUUUACUAAUGCCAAACCCAUCACAGGAGAUGAACUAGAACAGAAAACUGGAGCAGCCGGACAGAAGUACAAGAUUGUGGUAGAUGAGAAUGGAAGAGAAAGAAGAAAAGUAGUAUUUUCAACUGAAAUUGAUGAAGAUAGCACUGAUGAUGAAAGUGGUACUGAUGAUGAAGAUAACGAUGAUGAAGAUGGAGAGGAGGUUGAAAGUGGUCUUGAAGAGCAGGAGGAGGAGGAUGAGGAAGAUGCUGAAAGUGAUAGUUCAGGUGAAAAUGACAGUGAGUGUGAGGCAAAACCUAAUAGUGUCAGAAAUCAGAUUCAAACACUUAAAGAAGGAAAAAAGAAAUCAAAGAAAAAACCUGAUCUUGAAAAUGAUGAAGAUUCAGACCAUGAGUCUGAUGAAGAUCCUAGCAACAAACAGAAGAUGCAAAAAGCUAAAUUGUCACAGCAAAAAGUUGAUGGUCAGAUCAAGAAAAGGAAAGCUUUGAAUGAGAAAAAAGCUGUAAUUGAUGUUCCAAAGAAGAAAAUGAAGAUAUCUGAAGACAUUGAGAAUAGUGAUAAUGAGAUAGAAAUUGGUGAUGGAAAGAAGAUUCAGUCUUUGAAAGAAACUGACAUACAAUAUAACAAACUAAGUAUAGAUAAGGGAUCAGAAAUCAGGAGUAAAAUAGCUGAUGCUCUUUCAAUGCUUGAAAAGGGUAGCAAAGAAAAGGCAGACGCUGUUUUCUCUGAUGGAGAAGACGAUUGGUCUUCUGAUGAUGCCAGUAGUGAUGCCCCUGAAAAGGGCUCUGAAAAACCAAAUAGCAUGAGUUCCGAGUCCUCAGCGAGUAGUGGUGAUGAUAGUAGUGGAGAUGAGAGCCAAUCAUCACCCAAGGCUACAGGUUCAUCUCUAAUUUCUGAGGGCAACAACUCAGAAGCACUGGCUUGGGAAGAUUCCAUAAGAUGGAAGUCUAAUCUCCAGCAAAAGGCAGCUGAUGCAUUUAUAGAUAGACAAGCAAGCACUCAAAAUCUUUGGAAAUUGGUGUAUGGAAAAAUAAAUGAAGCACAGAAAAAAGAAGAUGCAGAGUCAGAUGAAGAAGUUGGUGGGCUGUUUCGUGUUGUUAGUAGAAAGCAGCAUCAACGGCAAGAGGCUAAAAGUAUAUGUAAUGCUGAAGAUUGCUCUCGCUUCCGUCUUAAUCUAGUACGAGAUUGGACUCAAUCAGAGGUCCGUGAUCUGAUUCGUGAUUGCUUUGUCACCGGAAAAUGGAAAGAAUCAGAGGAUGCUGAAGAACUUUUACGUCUUGAUGAUGCUAGUGAUGGAGAUGAAGAAUUAUUCGGUGAUUUUGAGGAUUUAGAAACUGGACAAAAGUUCACUGCUCCUCAAAAUGAAAAUGGUAGUAGCACUGAAAAUGCUGAUGGUAUGUAUCUCUAUGCCAUGGGUCUUUUUCUAAUUUCACAAAUGGUGAGUCAAUUUGCUAGCUUUUCAAAAAUUAAUCUAAUUUUUAUUCUAGAUACUGUGAAAUCUAAACCUCUCACAAAGAAGGAAAUCAUAGAAAAGAAAAAGAAAUUAAAAGAGAAAUUUGAUGCGGAAUAUGAUGAUCAGGAUGGAGGAAAAUCAUUUUAUGAUGAACUGAAAGCUGAAGUAAACCAACAAGCCCAGUUAAAUAAAUCAGAAUUCGAGGGCAUGGAUGAUGACCUCAGAGUGCAGCUGGAAGGUUAUAGAGCAGGAAUGUAUGUCAGGAUAGAAUUGGCUCAAGUACCAUGUGAACUAAUCCAGCACUUUGACCCAACAUAUCCACUUGUUAUUGGAGGCCUUUUGACAGGAGAAGAAAAUAUAGGAUAUGUACAGGUACGUAUGAAGAAACAUAGGUGGCAUAAGCGAAUCCUCAAGACACGGGACCCUCUGAUCAUAUCCUUGGGAUGGAGGCGCUUCCAGAGCUUGCCCAUCUAUGCAAAACUUGAAGACAACAUGCGUCACCGUAUGCUUAAGUACACCCCAGAGCAUGUUGCCUGCAUGGGACACUUUUGGGGCCCCAUUACUCCUCAAAGCACUGGUUUUCUGGCUGUUCAAGAUGUUGCUUCUAGAUCGGCUGAGUUCAGAAUUGCAGCUACAGGAGUAGUAGUAGAACAGGACAAAUCAACUCAGAUAACCAAAAAGUUAAAACUUACUGGUGUACCCCUGAAGGUAUACAAGAAGACUGCUUUUAUUAAAGAUAUGUUCACUUCAUCUCUUGAAGUUGCUCGAUUUGAAGGUGCGAAAAUUAAGACGGUAUCAGGCAUCCGUGGUCAAAUUAAGAAAGCUUGUUCUAAACCAGAAGGUGUUUUUAGGGCUACAUUUGAGGACAAGAUCCAACUAAGUGAUAUUGUGUUCUGUAGAACAUGGUACAAAGUGGAUGUGCCACAGCUGUAUAACCCUGUUACUUCGUUAUUAUUACCAUCUGAGCAGAAGGAUGCCUGGAGAGGUAUGAAGACUACAGGACAGCUUAAAAGAGAACGUGGCAUUCAAGGGCAAACUCAAAAAGACAGCUUAUACACACCAAUUGCUCGAGAGCCAAAAGUCUUCCGCCCCCUUGUGAUACCGCGGGCUUUACAAAAAGAUCUACCUUAUCGUGACCGACCUAAAAAUAAGAGUGGACUCAAGCCCAGCAUUGAUGAUCAAAGAGUUGCAGUAGUGAGAGAGGCUCAUGAACAGAAGGUUGACAAGCUUAUGACAAUGCUCAAAACCAAUUAUUCCCACAAACAAGAGCUACUCAAAAAGGCAACACAUGAGAGAAUAGAAAAUCUCAAAAAGGAAAAGGAAAUGGAAGAAUCAAGAAAAAUGAGAAGAACUAAAGAACUAAGACGUGAAGUUUUCAAGAAACUUACAGAAAUGAAAAAGGUUGAUGAAAGGAGAGCAGCCAAAGGAGGGAAAAGAUAAAUUAGAUAAUUAUCAUAGAAUUAUAUUUUUUGUUGACAAGUGUGUUUCCAGAAAUUGUUGUUACUGGGGAUGACCACUCUAAGUCAUUGUUCCUAGAGUAUGAUAAACUUCUGUUCUCAAAACUUGAUUUCCCCAUUCUGUUGAUAGAUUUUGUUGUUUGCUCUGGGUCACAAUUAUUGUCUGGAUACUGAAUUUUGCCAAAAGGUGCUUGGAGAAUAAUAAAUAUACAACAGUGUAAAAUGAA